AUGGAGCCGUCGAAUUCAGAGUUUAGUAUGCCUGUCGAGUCAUGUUCAGCUUUAAGUUUACAUCCUUCGAACUCUUCUCAAACAGAGAUUAAAGUAGAGCACGUGAAACAUAGUUGGACUGUAAAAAACUUCUCUCACUGUUACCAGGAAUAUCUGGAGAACUUUGUUCAUUUGCAUCGAGGAGAGGAUACGUUAACAUGGUCAAUAAAAAUAUAUCCAAAAGGUAAUGGGGAGAAUAACAAGGACUUUGUUUUCCUUUGCCUUAAUAGGGUCGUGAACAAUACAACUAGUUCUUGCACGAAGAAUGGAAAAAUUGGUUUUAAAUCGAGAUUUAUUUUGCGAACGCAUGAAAUGAAAGAAAUUGAAAUGCGGAUACAUCCCAAUCCGUCUCAUUCUGAUUAUGUUUCGUAUAUCAAACGUGAUGUUCUUUUUCCUCAGAUUUUACCCAGUGAUUCAAUUAUUGUAAAUGUUGAAAUUGAUGUGGCUGUUGAAACGGUGACAACGACCAUUGACGAUUUGGCAACCGUAGUUGACAUUCGUAACGCAGGGGAUCUAGCAUUACGAGACGAUUACAUGAAGAUGCUUAGGGAUGGUGUUUUAACGGAUUUUGUUAUUAAAGUACAAGGUAAAGAAAUAAAAGCUCAUCGCGCGGUACUGGCGGCCCGUUCUCCAGUUUUUGCUGCUAUGUUAUGUACUCACGAAGAUACAAAUGAAGCUAAAACGGGUGUUGUCGUUAUCGAAGACAUUGAUUACGACACUGUGAAUGAAAUGCUGAACUUUAUUUACUGUGGUCGCUGCAUGAAGGAUUUCAGUGAAUUUUCUUUCGCAUCUGAUUUACUAAUAGCUGCUGAUAAGUAUGGGCUGGAGGAACUGAAGAGUAGGUGCGAAAGGGCUUUAGUACAGGCUCUGUCUUACGAGAAUGCAUGCGAUCUUCUUGUUAUAUCUGAUGUUUAUAGAGCCCAAAGAUUGCGACAGCGGGCUGUUGAAUAUAUUAUACAGCAUCCUCGGAAUAUUACUUCAACAGCUGGUUGGGAUAACAUUGUAAAAGCGCAUCACGACUUGGUGACUGAAAUCGUCCGGCAUUUUGACAAGUCUGAUAAAUAA